CGUGUAGACGCAGGAAACUCGACCAAGGUCGCUAAAAAGCACCGCUUCCAGUUAGCCGGUCGCCCAAUCAUUAUAACGCUGAAUAAUAGACUAGUCCCUUGACUCCUCUCUUCGAUGAGCGUCAAAAUGAAUAAUAAAACUAAAUCACCUUCGCUUGUUUGUCUCAGUUCAAUUUCGGAUGCUGAAUGUGCGUGAUUGUAGAUUUCUAAUACGUAUAGAACAUAUCGAGCGUUGAAUCGGUUGAAGAUGGCGCGCGGUGGAACUUUUUUCGUGGUAAUUGCAGUGUGCAUUGCUGUUACUCAGGCAGGUUUCUUGGAUUGGUUCCGGAGCAAGGCAAACCAAGGCCACAGUAUCUGUAAAGUAGACUUCGAAGUGUUGGACCCACAAGGGUUGAGACUAUGGACGGCUCACAAACCGGAGUUGAAGAUGUUCGGAAUAGAAGUUUACAUCAAUCCAACUGGUAGAAGUAACGAACCGGCAAUUUGUAGUUUAUGUAGAAAUACUACAAAAGCUACCCAUGGCAAAUACUUCCUCCAGGAUGAUAACGUGAUCGUCAAAAAAGGUGAUGUUUUGGAAUACAUAGCAAUAACUGAUAAUGGAAUGACUACACAACGGCACAAACCGAGGAAGAUUGUUGUCAAUGAAUAUAUUAUCAAACCAAUGGGACGCUGUGCCUGCCCCGCACCCGUCGUUACUUCGACAAUUCAUGAAUCCAACCCCAGUGCGGAAAUAGAACUGUUGGAACGCGUCAUUACCAGUCUCUCGAACCGUUGCGCCCAAGGGCUUGUAUCGAACUAUCUCUUCCUGCAGGUGGACAACGCAGACGGACCGGUCAAUCUACUGGAACGAGUGAAAAAAUAUUUCGAAACCAACCCUGCUCUUAAACCGUAUAUCGGUGCGAUCACUUCGGCUGAGGAUUAUUCGGAUGGUAUCGCAUUCCAGGUGAAGUCGAUAGUGGACAAGCUGAAGAUAUUGGAGCUUACCCACACCGGAAAUGACAUUCUUGAUUACGACCAGACAAGCAUAAUCGGGAAGUUGGACAUUAGGAUAUCUGACUAAAAUAUUUCAACUGUGACCAAUAAUGAAUGUGAUUAGAUGCGAAAUAUACAAUUGUAGUACGAUUGUUGGAUAAAUUAUCUAACAAUUAUCUUA